UCUAUUCGACAAUCUGAGACAAGGUUCUUAUUCCGUUAUCGAAACCCCGUAAGUAUGAGCUAUAGCAAUCGUCCUCCCAGACAGGACAGUAUUCUCGAACUCGCAAGAAUGAUGGAAGCUCGCGUGCAUGUCAAGUGUUUGGGUGGCCGUGAAUUAGAGGGGACCCUCAAGGGAUACGACGAACUCGUAAACCUCGUCCUGGAAGACUGCGAGGAGUUCCUGAGGGAGUCAGAUGAUGCCGAACAGAUCACAGACCAGAAACGAACGCUCGGCUUGGUGGUUGUGCGGGGUACGCAGGUCUCGCUUGUUUCCCCCCAAGAUGGCGUGGAAGAAAUCGAAAAUCCCUUCUUGGUUGUAGAAGCCGAGGAGGAGGAUUAAAUUUCUUGGCGAGACACGAUAUGGCAUGKCGAAUAUAGUAAUCUAUGGUCGAUUGUCGGAAACGAAAGCACUUGGAAAUCGGCAUGAGACAUUUGAGAAAAGUGGUUGGCGUAACGUGGGGCGGUGAGACUUCUGUAAAUGAUCGGGAGCCGGGUCGUGUAAAUACUACAAAGGAAAAGACGUGGACCACUGCAAUAUUUUGAUUUGAAAGCAGCUAGAAGAAAUGAAAGUUUUGUGCAACGCUCUGCUUCUACGAAAAAAAGCACAAAUAUACGAUCACAAUACCA